AUGGAUGCUUUCUACAGCAAUGGAAUCUGGAUUGCAGAGCUGUUGCAGGGGGUGCCCUGCAUGGAAGAUUUCUGGCUGUGGGUGACUUUCUUGGGUGACCCGAAAUGCGUCUUCAUCAUCUAUUUCCCAAUUGCCUAUUUCUUGGACUGGAAGGUUGGACUGAAGGUGCUCUGGCUGGGCUUAAUCUCUGAAUGGCUGAAUUUAGUCUUUAAAUGGUUCUUAUUUGGUGAAAGGCCCUUCUGGUGGGUUCUGGAGUCUGCAUAUUCCAGUAAAACGGAAGUCUCUCUCCAACAGUUUCCUGCAUCCUGUGAAACGGGGCCAGGUAGUCCCUCAGGCCACUGUAUGAUCACUGGAGCAGCACUGUGGCCUCUUGUAACCACCUUGUCUGUGUGGUCAUCGCAGCACGCCAAGAGCCGGAUUAUAAGAGCAGUGCCCUUUACUGUUUAUCUCCUGCUCCUGCUGGCUGUGGGACUUUCGCGUAUCUUCAUCCUGGCUCAUUUCCCCCAUCAGGUACUUGGUGGCAUCCUGGCAGGUAUCAUUCUUGGCUGGCUGCUGGAAUCCCGGGCCCCGCUGGAGAGAGAACUCAGCUUCUACCUGCGGGCUUCGCUGUUCCUUUUGCUAAGUACUUUGACGACCUAUUGGACCUUGAUAGCUCUCGGUGUAGAUCUGAACUGGUCACUCGGCCUUGCUACCAAGUGGUGCGCCAAUCCCAAGUGGAUCCGCAUAGACACACGACCCUUCGCAUCGCUGACUCGUGAUGUGGCCACAGCCCUCGGGCUCGGGCUGGCUCUCCACUCCUCCUACUACAGCCACCUCAAAUGGGAGAAGCUGAGCUGGCCUCAGAGGGUCUGGUGUGCCAGCUUGGCCACUCUGGUCCUGAAAGUCCUGAGCAACGCAGCGCAGCCAGAGAACUUGGCUCUCUGGUACGGGCUGACGUUUGUCAAGUAUGCCACAUUCCCUUGGGUGGUGGUAGCGCUGCUGCCCAGACUAGUCCAUGCCGUGGCCUCCAGGAAGGCAUCACCCCACCAAAAGUAGCCAGCAGAGAGGCUCUUUGUUCCUUGAGGAGCAGAGGUGGCAAGCCUAGUAUGUACCAACUAGUUUUCCCUUUGCCUGUUUCUCCUCUUGCUACGGGGAAAAUUCUGUGAAGAUUAUGCACUGUCCAAAAAUGGUUCUCUUGGAGAGAACAGCUGUUUCGUUCACUUGGGCCGAGACUGUUUCCCCUGAAACCAAAAAAAAAUCUUCUCCAGAUCUCUAGCUCCUUUGGCUUCGAAUCCUUCCUGUCCUCACUCCUCGCAAGCUACAAUAGCCUUGUGCACUCAUCAUAAAUACAGGGAACAACUCUUUAUGUUCAAGUCCCAGAGUGCAACCAAAGAGAUUUAGGUUAGAUAUGGGGUGGGGGAGGGAGAGAGGAGCCCUGGAAACGCUUUGCUUGGCAAGGCAAGUGGGAUAAUCUUGGACUUUUAAAAACCAGUUGGUUGAAUGUUUGGCUGAAUUAGGUCAGGUGGGACUUGAUGUAUAUGGCAGGAGUGGCUGGAUUUUCUCCUCCUCCUCCUCUCUCUCCAGUAGAAAAAAGCACAAUGCUUCCUGCUCAGGUAGCCGACACUCCCAGCUUUGGUUCAGAUUUCCAAUGUUAGUAGACAUGGAUAGUGGACCUGGAUGCGUAUAUUAUGUUCUGUUCCUUCCACAUAGAUCCCUGUUCCUCAGUCAUCACCAUGUGGUCCAAAUCAGGCUGGUAAAGCCUUUCAAACGGCCUCCCCCUUCCCUCUUUGAUUUUAGCCACCCUGUUCCUUAGUGAGCCCAGUUACGUACCUGUGCACACGUGUCCAGAAACAUAAUUCCUCUGGAACAAAGUCUGUGUUUUUCUUGGCAAGCAGCGACCGUUUUUCUAAAAAGCAUACAGUAGAACCAUCCUGGCCUGGCAAACCACGGAAGGAGGGGGUACAGGACGUAGAUAGGUAGCGGCCCAAAGAGAUCCAAGGACAAGCCAGCCCGUCAAGACACAAAGCAACUGAGUCGCGCUGUCCUAGAUUUUGCUGUGCUCCUCCCCAUCCUUUGACAAAUAUUAUUUUAAAAUCAAAGCCUAGACAUUGGUAUUGUAAUAAACUAUGAA